AUGAGUGCUAGCACAGUUAACAUCUGUGGUUCGAGCGACUUUACUAAGUCGAAUAUACGGCUGACAGAUGACGGAGAAAAUAAAACAGUACGCGAAAAAUGUAAGAGUGCAUUGAGACGAUUGAAGAAAAUUUUUAGUGAAACCACUGUAGAGCCAUGUCUUUUUGUUUACAUGUUGUGUACGGCGUUAUCGUCAUUGGCAGUACAAAAUAUGCAUUUAGAAAAAUCUUGCCGCGUGAAUUUUCAAUUCGGUGACGAGAUAUGCGAUCGUAUUAGAGAUAGAAACACGACUGGACUUGAAAAGCAACUAAACCAGGUGCAGUCCUUAGUAGCUAAUGUAGUGGCUUGGAAGUUCCCUCUACAGACUAGUAUUCCCGCUGUGAUGGUGCUUUUUGUUGGCGCGUGGAGCGAUCGGACAAAGAAAAGAAAAAUAUUUAUUUUAACUCCAUUCAUUGGUGAAAUUAUCGCGAAUAUUGGACUAUUAUUUGCGACGUACUAUUUUUACGAAUUAUCACUGACCGAGACCGCUUUAAUAGAAGCAUUACCGGCAGCGUUUAGUGGAAGUUAUAUUAUAAUUUUUAUGGGAAUGUACAGUUUUAUGGCAGAUAGGACCACAGUGGAAAGCAGGACAUUUCGUUUGGGACUUGUUACUAUUUGUGUAAGUUUAGGAACACCUACGGGAACUGCUUUGAGUGGUAUUAUUCUGAAAACUCUUGGUUAUUACGGAGUAUUUACUGUGUUAAUUAUUUUGUACUCUGUUACAUUUAUAUUUGGUUGUCUACGACUGGAAGACGUUUUACCUCCUGAAGAAAAUAGGAAUACAGUGAAUCAAAAUAAUCAGAUUAAAAAUGUUCUACAAGAUGUGUUUGGAUUGGUCGCUAAGACGAUUUUAGUUGUUGUGAGACCACGUGCAUUUGGGUUAAGAAAUGAGAUAUUGUCAGUCAUCAUCCUAUACAUUCUUAUGGUUGGACCGUUAUACGGUGAG